GUUUUGUGUAGAUUUUUUUAAUAGAAUUCCAAACAUUGAAAAAAGUAUUUUGUUUAAAGUAAAAAGAAAAAAAGUAAAAAUAUUUUGAUAUUUUAUUUAAAAAAAAAAAAAAAAAAAUAAAUAAAUAAAAUAAAAUAAAACCAAAAAAAAUGUUGAAAUUUUUGCCUACUAUUCUUUUGAUUGCGAGUUUUAUUUUUCUCAUACAGAUUUCCGGCGGAGCAAACCAAAAUGUAGAGCCAACUGACGCCUCCGACGAUGCUUCUAUUGCCGGCGGGAUAAACCAAAAUGUAGAGGAAGAAAAAGCCACCACCGCUGCUUCUGAAGCAGAAGCCACCACCGUUGCUUCUAUAUCGAGUAAUACUUCCAAUAAAUCGGUUACAAGUGACGCCUUCGCCAAUGCUCCUAUUUCCGGCGGGGCAAACCAAAAUGUAGAGCCAACUGACGCCUCCGACGAUGCUUCUAUAUCGAGUAAUACUUCCAAUAAACCGGUUGCAAGUGACACCUCCGACGAUGCUCCUAUUGCCGGCGUGGUAAACCAAAAUGUAGAGCCAACUGACGCCUCCGACGAUGCUUCUAUUUCCGGCGGGGUAAUACAAAAUGUAGAGGCAGCUGAACCCUCCAAGGUUGCUUCUGCAACUGACGCCUCCGACGAUGUUUCUGCAACUGACGCCUCCGACAAUGUUUCUGCAACUGACGCCUCCGACAAUGUUUCUACAACAACGUCAGAACCAACCUCAGAAAACAAUACUUCUAUGUUUUGGAAAAUUCUUGCAGCAGUUACUGGUACUGUUGCAGUAUCAGGUAUUGGUUAUCUGGUAUUUUUUAGUAGGGGAUAAAUGUUUCAAACACUCACUGUUUAAAAUGAAAUACAAAUUUAUUUAUGAAAAAUUGUAUAAUUAUUUAAUAAAUCUGUAACAAUUUA